AUGAAUUAUUCAUCAGGUUCAAAUAAUUUAUCAAAAAUAUUAAAUAAAUUUCAAGAAAUUUCAAAAUCAGAAAAUGAUGAAGAAUAUAAAUUUUCAAUAAGUGAAGUUAUAAGAGUAACUGGUUUACUUUUAUUUUCACCAAAGGAUGAAUCACUAUCCCAAGAGUUGAAACAAAUAAAAACUGAAUUAAGACCUGAUCACCAAAAAGAACUUGAAACACUAUUAUGUCAAUAG